ACCAUAGAGCUGUGUGACGUCAUAGACCUGCUUCUCAACAGCAAAAUGUCGUGAUUAUCCCCCCGUUUGCGCUGAGUUGAAGGCCCUUCCUCGAGAGAUAAGUGUGUGGCUGGGCUGGAGGUGGCUCAGAGGAGGCAGGAGGCGAGCUAGGAAGGCCAGAAGAGCCGUUUCCUUGGGCGUGUGUGUGUGGAGGCAGUUGGCAACACGAGCCUGCAGGAGGAUCACCUGUCCACACGACUCCUCAGCGGGCUAAUUCCUCCCCACUCGCCCUCGGAACCAUGUGAAAUGAGCACCGAGGACCAGCGAGGCCUCGGGUGGUGAGAAAGAGAGCACAGGAGUCCCCGGGGAGAGAGUGAGGCUGGGCAGGAGAGUGGGGUCAGUGUGGGGGCCGAGGGACAAGGCUGGGUUCCCGUACCAUGUUGAGCUCCAAAUACAAGGCUUUUGGAGCUUCUGAAAUAGACUGAAGGGCUAGAGAAAGGAAGGGAACGGAAAUAAGAUGUUUUCAGCCACAAGUACAGACUCGCAGUUUUACAAUUUCGAGAGCGAGGAGAACGCCCAGAAAUGGAGGCAUUUGUUUCUGGGUCCACUUAAGAGGGUGCUGGAGCAGGUGCAUCCCUCCCUAGCGGCCAAAGAUGAUGCACUUGAGUAUGUGGAGAGCCUCAUCUUACGCCUGCUGGCCAUGUUGUGUGCUCGCCCAGCUCCUCACACCGUCCAGGAUGUGGAGCAAAGGGUACAGAGAACGUUUCCCAACCCAAUUGACCGCUGGGCCAUUGGAGAUGCUCAAGCAGCCAUUGAAAAGGGUCGUAAGAAGUCACCAUUGGUGUUACCAGCAGAGAAGGCACAUCCACUUUUGCGGGAUGUGCUUCAAACAAAGAUUGACUAUCAAGUAACAUUGUAUAUAGUUGCAGUUUUAGAAUAUAUAUCUGCAGACAUAUUAAAGCUUGCUGGCAACUAUGUUAAGAACAUUAGACACAUUGAAGUAACGCAACAGGACAUUAGAGUAGCCAUGUGUGCAGACAAGGUGCUGAUGGACAUGUUUCAACAAGAUGAGGAUGGAGAGAUGAGUGCAGUUGUGGAGGAUCCUAACCUAGACACUUCUCUAACUUAUGAUGAACUUGUCAAAGAUCUAAUACAAGAGGAGAAAGCAUAUAUUAGAGAACUCAAUAUGAUAAUUAAGGUGUUUUGUGACAAGCUUCAGCAGAUCCCUGUUUUACAAGGGAGUGGUAGUAGAGAGCUGGAAAUUAUCUUCUCAAAUAUCACUGAGAUUUAUGACUUCUCUGUAAACUUACUGGGGUCUUUAGAGGACACCCUGGAGGUCACGGAGGAGAAUGAGUCUCCCUUCAUAGGCAGCUGUUUUGAGGAAUUGGCAGAGGGUGCAGAGUUUGAUGUAUACGGAAAAUAUGCCAGCGAUGUGUUAAGGCAAGAGUGUGCAGAUCAGCUAAUGGACGUGGUUAACCAGCCAGCUGUUAGUGAUGCGCUGACAAGUGCUGGACAGGGCUUCAAGGAAGCUGUCAAGUACUACCUGCCAAAGCUGCUUCUUGUACCUGUUUGUCAAGUCUUCACUUAUUUUAAAUAUAUAGAUAUGUUUCUGAGUAUGACUGAGUCAGAAGAAGCUCGAGAGAGCUUAGAACAAGUCAAAGGUCUCUUGUGGCCUCUCCAAAGUCAGUUAGAACGCACCAUACAGAACUCUCCGUAUGCUCCCUACCUUAAGAGAAAAUUAGGAGAAAUCACUUUACGGCAUGGAAGGCAGAGUAGACAACAAACCUUAUCUAAAAUGAAAGAAUUACAACGAUCAAUAGAUGGCUGGGAAGGAAAAGUCAUCACACAAUGUUGCAACGAGUUUGUUUUAGAGGGUGACCUGCUAAAACUUGGUGCCACUGGGAAGAAGCCGACAGAGCGCCAUGUGUUCCUGUUUGACGGCCUCAUAGUCCUCUGCAAGAGCAAUAACCGGCGGUCCUCGGUCACAGGACAGGUUGGAGAGUACAGAUUUAAGGAGAAAUUUCUUAUGAGAAUGGUAGAAAUUUUAGACAGAGAAGAUACUGAAGAGAUCAAAUACUCCUUUGAGAUCCGGCCACGAGACCAGCCCAGUGUGGUGCUACUUGCAAAGUCUAUGGAAGAGAAGAACAACUGGAUGGCUGCCCUUGUUAUGCUCAACACUCGGAGUAUGUUAGAACGAACCCUAGACAGUAUAUUAUUAGAUGAGGAGAAACAGCAUCCCCUCAAGUUGCCUGAUCCAAGUGUCUACCAGUUUGCCAUUGAGGACUCCGAGUCAAACAUUAUCAUCGAAGAGAAGGAAAACUCAGGAACUCCUCUUAUAAAGGGAGCAACGCUGCCAAAGCUGGUUGAAAGAUUAACAUACCACAUGUAUGCAGAUCCAAUGUUUGUGAGAACGUUUCUCACUACUUACCGAAGCUUUUGUACUCCAACAGAAUUGCUAGACCUAUUAAUUCAACGCUUUGACAUCCCUGAGCCUGAACUCCCGCCUAUAAGUGAAGAGGAGACGCAGGAAGUCAAAAACCAGCAACUUUCCAUACACAGAGAAAUUCUUAAACGCUUCAGAAAGGAGUAUUCGCAACCUGUUCAAUUCAGAGUUUUAAAUGUUUUGCGUCAUUGGGUAGAUUAUCACUUUUAUGAUUUUGAACGGGACAAAGCACUUCUAGAAAAACUUACCAGCUUUCUGGAGAAAGUGAAAGGCAAAUCCAUGAGAAAGUGGGUAGAAUCCAUCACAAAGAUCAUUCAAAGAAGGUGCAAUGAAGAGCAGAGAGAAAUUACAUUUAGUUUACAUCGCUCACCCCCAUCUCCCAAGUGGCACAUAAAACUAGAGGACAAAGAUUGGGACCUUAUACUUCCCAUCAGUGCAGGUGGAACAUCGCCUACGCCUGACCUGGUAAGACCAUUGCUGAUGCUGCACCCCUUAGAAAUAGCUCGUCAGCUGACAUUGUUAGAAUUUAAACUGUACAGAGCUGUGAAGCCUUCAGAACUGGUAGGGACACCAUGGACCAAAGAAGACAAAGAGAAACGCUCACCAAACUUGCUCAAAAUGAUCCACCAUCACACCAAGGUAACACACUGGUUCAUGCGGUGCAUAGUGGACUGUGACAAUUUUGAGGAGCGUGUGGCUGUGAUGAUGAGGGUAGUGGAGAUCAUGGUUAUGUUUCAUGAUCUCAACAAUUUUAAUGGGGUAUUUGAAGUGUCCAGUGCGUUAGCGUCUGCUGCUGUACACAGGCUAGAGACUACCAAAAUGGAGGUUAGGAAACGUCUUCCACCAGGGCAGCAUAAAGUGUUUGAAGAAGCUUCUGAACUUAGCCAAAACCAUUGUAAAAAAUACCAGGAAAAACUUCGAUCCAUUAAUCCACCAUGUGUCCCAUUUUUUGGUAUGUACCUGACCAACAUCUUGCACAUUGAAGAAGGCAACCCAGACUUCCUUGUCCGGGCAGCAGAGGGUCUAAUCAAUUUUUCAAAGAGACGAAAAGUUGCAGAAAUCACAGGAGAAAUUCAGCAGUACCAGAACCAACCUUACUGUCUGCAGGAAGAACCACGCAUCAAACGCUUCCUGGAGACGCUUCAGCCUUUCGAGGGAGAGCGCGAACUCGAGAUCUCCAACUACCUCUACAACAGAUCCAAGGAGAUAGAACCCAAGAACUGCAAGAGGCCGCCCAACAGGGAGCGAAAAUGGCCCCACAUCAACCUCAAAUCCCCCGGCAUCAAGCCACACAUCAAGCGCAUGGUCGCAAACCCUCUGCCGAUCUUCACCGAGAGAGGUCACAGGCCCACGGAGGGAGCAGAUGGAGACGACACCCCACACAUGCUGACGCCCCCCACGCCAUCGACGCCAUGUACGCCUCCUCCACAGAUCGACAAUGCCAUCUUCGUGCCGGUGGUGAUUGGCCCUGAUAAUGCAAUAGGAGGCAGCUCCUCAGAACAUCGCAGUGGGAAUCACAGUGGGUACCCAGGAGGUGCAGGGCCCCCCAGCAGACACCCUGUGCCGCCAUCAAAUCCACAUCCCCCACCACCGCCAGCAUCACCUCAAGCACUACCUCCACCACUGCCGCCUCGAGUGCGAAAGAGAGAACCAUCUGUCGGAGAUACUUCUCCAAAGGUGAAACAGGCCCAAGAUGCCCCAGAGUUGCCUCCAAGAGACGUCUCCCCGCCCCCCAUCCCCCCACGCACGGCCACCCUGCCCCGCAUGACUUCCUCAGGGGGCCUUCAGCAUGGCCCCACGCACCACCACCAUGCUCCAUCAGGACAUUCCCUCUGUAAUGUCAACCUCCAUCAUCAUCCAUCACAUCACCAUCAUGGCCACCAUCACCGGCCCAGUCCACCUUCCCUGCUUGCCCCUCCACCCCCUGUCCAGCAGUACCACCUAGACCCCCCUCCUCACAGGCGCAACAACUCAGUGGACCUUUCGUCGCCAACGCCUAUGGCAAGGAGACAUACAAAUGGACCUCAAGCAGCAUUACCAGGAAGCAGCAUGAAUGACACUGCAGCUGAACCCAAUGAGCACCCGCCCACGCCACCACCCAGGCUCGCCUACCGUCACACAUUCUCCUUCUCGUAUGACCAGCACCACUCCUAGAGGAAAGCAGAUCGUCCCAUGUUCGAGUGGGUGCAAGACCUGGCCACAUAGGAGCCCUUAUCACAUAUAAACCCAAGAUUUGUUGUGGCUUCUGACUCUGUUUUCUUUUUUUUUAGUUUUUGUUUUUUUCUUUCUUUUUUUUAAUUUUUUUUUCUUUUUUUUUUAUGUAUUUCUCCACAUCUGCCAACAUUUUUUUUUUGCUGAACCCAUAUUUCAGACAUACAUAUUUUUGUUUGUUUAUUUGUUUGCCUAUUAAAGAGAAAAAUUAUGGAAGAUUAAACAGAAAUAUUGUAACACUGCCAAAGACAGUUUUGCUACUUUCGAGCUCUGUGACAGUGCCCAGUGUUUGAACAACUGCAAGGCAUAUUUGCUUAGUUCAUUUGGUAUCUGUAGUUUAUUGGGAGACGAGCAUGGAAAUGUGAGUGACAAUCUAGGGUAAUAGAGCAAUUAAUUCUCUGCCAAGAGAGUGUUAUCUGGCUGUGAAAAUGAAAACUUGUAUGUUGAUGCUGUAUUAGAAUUUUCUUCACAAAAUUUAGCAAGAAGUGACUUUUUCUUUUAUUUUUUUAGCAUAGAGGGAUUACUAAGAGACUUUUCAACAACAUUUCAGGAGAGAAUUUUGAAGAUAGGUAAGGGUGUUGUCUUUGAUCAAAAGCCAACAAGUAUGAAAUAUAUUUUGUGUCAAGAAAAAAAAAAAAAAAAAAGUAGUAGUAUCCAAAUUUCAUAAAAGUAAUUUUCUACAACUCGUGAAAGAUGUUUCUAAGCCUUUAAGUCACUAGAUCUUCCUCGCGUAGAAGAUGAACUUUGGCAGUUAUUUUACUUCUUUCCACUAGUGGUUGUAGAAAAUGCAGUGAAACACUUUACAUUCACGGGAUUUUCAACAAGCUAUUUUGUAUGGAAGAAGCAUAAACUCAAUUGACAUGAUGAACAGUUAUUGCUUAUUUUGUAGAGGUUUAGAUACAUAGAGUUUCCUUUUGAAAUGGUGAAAAAUAAAAACAAAUCCAAGGGUUAUUUACAAAGAGAACAUCAAACAGUACUUAAAAAAAAAAAAGAGCAUUUAGCUGUUGAGGUUUGUUUCUGUUAAAAAAGAAAAAGAAAAAAAAAAAGUUUUGCUUUCUUGGUAGGACAAAAAAGACGAUACAACUUAUAGGUAAUUUAUCCACCUCUAUAAAUUUGAUAUAAUUGUAUGAGCAUUAUGUCAUAGACUAUAUAGUUACUAAUCACUAUAAAUAAUUUAAUAUAUUGAAGUAUUUCCAAGAGAGGUGAUAUAUAAGGAACCUGAUCUCUAUAUGAUGUUCGUUUAGAUUUUCAACACAGUUAAUCCAUGUUUAAGUUUGUAUGACACUUCAUUGAUGAUAAUAGUUUUGCAGUGAAUUUCGUCUAUAUUUUGCUACUAAUAAUACACUGAACUUUGGUGGGUAACAAAGUGUACAGUUUUCCACUAGAGGAAUUUUUGUUGCUCUAGGUUUUUAGCAUUUUUUUAUUACCCCCCAAAUAAGUUAUGUCAUGGAUCUUGAAUAGUUUUUAUAGAAAAGUCAUGUUUUGUAGUUCAUAUUCAAUAUAUUUGACCUUUAGCUUAACUUGAGGAAUGUUCAAAAUAUGUAGAUUUGAAGAUUAAAAAAAACAACAAAAAACAAAAAAAAAUAAUAGUAAGCCAAACUCAGUACCUAUACUUCAACAAAUUCUCCAUUUGAACAAAGAUGUAUUAAGAUUAGAAAAGAAAAUUGAGUCAUUCUAAAUUUUUAGAGUAUGUAGUUGUUGCUACGCUCAGUUUACAGUAGGCUCGUGUACAAUUUACAGUUUACAUUAAAUGGUAGGUUAAGUUUGAUGCAGUUGCUCAAAAUAAAUAAUAAUCAUCUUUAGCUGACAUUAAAAUUUAGGUAUAGUACAGCUAUUGAUUAUAUGAUAACUUCAAAAUGAAGAAAGUUUAGGUUUUCUUUAGUAUCUUGAUAACAGGUUCUUAUUUGUCUAAUUAGUCAAAACAUUUCCUCCCAAUAAUGGUUCACUGUUUUUUUUUUUUUUUUUUUUUUUUUUUUUUUUUUUUUUUUUUUUUUUCCUCUCUCUCAUCUCUCUUUCUCUCUUCUGAUAUAUAGGUUCUUUGGUCAUGGUUAUAUAAAGAGAUAAGAAAUGGUUAUACAUGAUUAUGUGCUAUCUAUAAAUUGGUUAUUACCUUUUAGGAGUUCAAUCUGAAAGUGCCUAGUGUAAUGAGCAUUCCAACGAGCCAUAACAUGUGAACUAAUUGUAUAUUAAAGUUUGUGUCCAGUUGCUGCUGUUACAGCAAAUGUCUGCCAGGCAUCGUCACAAAGUGUGCAGCUUUUUGUUUAUAUUUAUUCAGUGUAUGCUAAUUCCUUGUAUACAACUUCAGUGUUCUAUCACAGUUUCAUGCAGACUUGGGAUCAAUAAAGUGGUUCUUUACUACCCAUUACUCUAGGUGGUCUGAAGGCCUUUGUGAAGGGAGAUGCCACUCAGAACUGACCGUCACCCAGGCUUGCAUGAUAUAAUUUCCAGGAAGAUGUUCUUGAUAUAAAUUAGACUGGGUCGCGUUUCAUGAUUACAAUUCUUGCUUUUAAAGCUAUGCCUGAUUUGUGAUAAUAUAAAUAAGAGAACUAUGUUAACUCAUUAGAAUGUUGAGGUGGGGAAUAGUUAAGAAAAGCAGUGGGUGAGGAAGUAAACUAUAUAUCAUCUAGUCAGGGCAAAAUGGCAGUGUGAGGCUAGUAAGGCUGGGUCCACAAUCAGUCUUUGUGAUUUCCGGUGCUCAGCCAUCAUAAUUGUCUUCAUUCUUCAGUAACUAUCUGCUCCUAAAGUGCACACUCAGUAUUAGACAUCCCAUAAGUACUGACAAGUAAACACCAUGGAUCGCUGAACAGAAAACUCGGCCAAGUUUGUGGUCGGUCUAUUUUUAAUUUUUGGGGAGGGGGAGUGUGGUCCCCUCGAGUUCCAGCAGUACUUGGAAAUAUUAAAGAGAAAUUGAGUGGUUUCUCAACUGAGGUAACACAGGGGCAAGAGAUUACAGCUGUGAUGUGUGUGGGGGUAGACUACCGGCACUGGGGGAUAAGAGUCUUCACAUGCACUCACUGUAUGUAUGGGCAGUCUCUUUUUAAGAAUCAUUGUGGUAUAUCAUGUUGAAGUAGAUUCAUUCAUAUUUGAAAGGAAUUUGAGAUAUGCAAGAUACCUGCUAGCUAUUGUAGUCGUGGUUUGCCAGUACUGCACUGUACUAACCCAUGCCUUGUACUGACAGAUAUCCGAAGUAAGGCAUUCAUUCCAGGUACAGUGUGGUCUGGAACCAUUGACCCAUGGAGUGAGAUGUUUAGUAAAUAUAGUUAAUGCUGGUAAAGUCCCACAAGCACAAACCAAGCCAGAGUUGCCCCCAUGAAGGUAACAAUUCCAUGCUGUGUAAAGAUUCCUAUUGUAUCUUGUUACAAAAGACAGCGAAAUAGUUUGUAGCAAGAUUCUGUACAUAUUUAUAUAUUUGUUAACAAUAAGUCCUGUAAUAACAUCAAAUUAGUCAGACAG